UUUUCUCGCAGUAAAGUUGAAAGUUGGAGGUAGAACAAAAAACUGAUCAUCCGACGUCCAUUGAAAUGCCACCGGUGAAGAAGGGGAAGACGAAGGCCAAGGCCAACCCAACCGAGUCGACUCAGUCCGAUCGGAAUCCCAAGUUCCCGUCGUGCAUCCGCGCCGUCUCUCCCUCCUCGGUGGCGAUCACCGUCCACGCCAAGCCUGGCUCCAAAAUCGCCUCCGUCACUGACUUCUCCGACAACGCCUUGGGCGUGCAGAUCGACGCGCCGCCCAAGGACGGCGAGGCCAACGCCGCUCUUAUCGACUAUCUCAGCUCCGUCUUAGGGGUGAAGAGAAGGCAGGUUUCCAUUGGCUCCGGAUCCAAAUCCAGAGACAAGGUCGUCAUCGUCGAGGACGUAACCCUAGAAAGCGUUUUCGGCUCUUUGGAUAGAAUCUCGAAGUGUAGCUGACGAAGAUGAGAUAGGUAUGAUCAGAGUUUGAAUUUUCCAGGCCAAGUCUCACUAAUUCCCUAAUCCGCAACUCCGAAGUCCGAACACAUCGGUCAAGCUUCCCUCUCGAAACUUUCUGGUAUGCUGCAGUUGUUGCCAUUGCCAAUGUAAAGGUUCAUAGAAGAUGAAAAAUACAGCAAGAACAACAAAAGAGACUAGUCAGUGUGCUCAAGCGGUGCUUAGUAAUGGUGAAUCUGAAAAGAAGCUAUGUUGCGAAAGUUUAAAGCUUUAACGUUGCCUGGAUUUUAGAUUUUCGGUGCGGGGGUGGAUGUGAAAACAAGUUGAAGAUUUAUAAGACGUAAAUAUGUCUGGUUAGUUCAUUAGUGUGUCUUAGCUAUAUGAUUGUCGCCAGAGCUGGAAAAACUCCUUUGAAUUUAGAAGUGAAGGUGUUGAUGAUGUUCGUUUUCUUUCUCGAGUAAUUCUUAUAUCUACAUUUUAUUGUGGCCAUCUUAUCCCUAUUAAAA